AUGAAAAAGAAAUUCAGCAAAAGUUGUGAACAUAUUGAGAAUAAAAAUGUGAAUAUUAAUAAGAAAUUGGAGAAUUUUAGUGAUGAACCCGCGAAAAAAUUAUUAAUUAAAUGGCGAAAUAUUGCUAGAAAUGCGGUUUUUAUGAAAGAUCCAUGGUCACGUUUUGGAUUCGAUGAUUUACCUGUGGAAAAUUGCUUACGUUAUCGUUAUUCAUCGAUUAGAAAACAGUGGACUCAAGAUAGAGUACAAGUCAAAUUACAUCCUGAGCCAUUCGCUCACGGAGCAAUGCGUGAAUGUUAUCGUUUGAAAAAAUUAUCAAAUGCUACAAAUAAUGAUUGGACUCAUGCACAGAAUUAUGUAGCGAAGAAAUAUAUUAAUGAAGUUAAAAGACAGACAGUCUUCGAGGAUGUUAAAUUGCAAAUGGAUAGCAAACUUUGGGCUGAAGAAUAUAAUCGAUAUAAUCCCCCUAAAAAAAUCGAUAUUUUUCAAGUAAGUAUAUUGGAAUUUAUGGAGAGGAAUGGAUCACCUCUUUAUCAACUCGAACAUUUCAUUGAAGGUAAAUACGUCAAGUAUAAUUCCAAUUCCGGUUUCGUGUCGGAUAUCGUGCGUAAUACUCCUCAGGCGUUUAGCCAUUUUACUUUCGAACGAAGUGGCCAUCAACUAAUAGUUGUCGAUAUUCAAGGAGUUGGUGAUCUAUAUACAGAUCCACAAAUACAUACUGCGAACGGCACAGAAUAUGGAGAUGGAAAUCUUGGUACGAAAGGAAUGGCGCUAUUUUUUCAUUCACAUAUUUGUAAUGAAAUUUGCGACCAUUUGGGUCUCACAGAAUUCGAUCUCUCACCGAAUGAGAAAAAGGCUUUGCAAAAAAGGACUUUUUUUGAUAAGAAAACGAGUUGUGCAACUAGACUUGUUUGCAGCGAUAAGAUCGAUGUUUGUUCCCCCAUAAUUUAUGCUUAUGAGGAUAAUGCGAUGGAAAGAUUACGCAUCAGGACACAGUCUAUGAAUAGUAUGGGACGACAGUCAACAGUAUCUUCAAUCUGCGACUCAUCAUCGCUUGAUGACAAUUGUCUUGCUGGAGACUAUUCUACAUCAGGACUUAUCGGCGAUAUCAGUCUACUAGAAAAUGAUGUAGUGGAUGAUCAUAUUGUGCAGAAUUCGCCUCUUAACGUAUAUGCCAAUCUGCAUUCAGCAUCAACAGGAGACUCAGAAAAAGAGAAAUAUUGGGUUGAAGCGAGAAAAAUGUCUCGGCCUGCUGGUUUAUUAAACGAAAUACAAAGGAGAGAUCUAAGGAAUCAUUUUCAAUUGGUACAUCAUCAUUCAAUUCUUGGACAAAUUCAUCUCGAUCUUGCCCGAUAUCACGAACUCGGGCGUUUUAUUUACAAAUCAUUAUCAGUAUCAGCAAAUGAGGAGAAUUUCAAUAAUGAAAAGACAAACAUCAAUGGUAUUACAGAAAAUUUAUGUGAAUAUGAUAAGGAAUCAGCACUAUUUCACUUAGAGAUUGCACAGCGAUGUGGUAUUCUUGAAGCUAUAAAAACUAUUGCGGAGAUGGCAUACGGAUUGCCUCAUGAAUUAUUGAAAGAAGUUGGAAAUGAAUAUCGAAAUAUUGAAAAUCGAGAAGAGUAUGGUUUAGAACUUAUGAAAAGAGCAGCGGAUUCAGGUGAUGUUGGUGCGAUGAUUUUUGUUGCAGAAGCCUAUGAAACAGGUCGUAAUCUUGGCAAAAACAACUGUCCAUGUUGGCCGAAAGCGAUCGAUUUCUAUAAUCAGGCAGCACAUUAUGAGACAGAGCUUGAAGUUAACAGUUGUAUUGGCAGUACUUCAUUCGCCAUGCCUCACUAUGAAAUUUUAAGCAAAAUGGCGGAUAUGUUCAAAGAAGGUUUACAUAAACCAAUAUUUAAAAACUAUUUUAUAGGUGGAUACGGUUUAGAACGAGAUUUAAGUCGAGCCUACGAGCUCUAUAAUGAAGCGGCAGAAAAAGCGAUGGAGUCAAUGAAAGGUAAACUUGCUACCAAGUUAUACGAGCUCGCUGAACAAUGUGCAUAG